AUAGUGGCUCCUGUCGGGUUGUGUUGCCCCUCAUCCCACCCAACAUGUCCUGACUAUGGAGCUGCACUUUCCCUGUUUCCCUGGCUGUUUUUCUUCUGCUAACCCUACCUCCUCCCCUUUUUUUUUCUUCCCCUGGUUUCUUUCUCAGCUGCUUCAGAAAUAACCGGUGGAUCCAGUUUUGUUUCUUGUUAAUCUCAUUGCUGGAGCGAUGACCUCCCUCUCCCUUCUCUUUCCUGAAAGUACGUGACAUUCCUAACUUUCUUCAGUAGUCUACCCCAACAGCUGAACACGGUUGUGUGCUCCUCGUCCCUGCUCCUGUACUCCUCUGUCCUCCUCUAUCCUCUGACCAGGUCACAAGUGGCCUGCUCUGAUCAUUUCAGGACUGCCCCUCUGAUCAGCACUCCAGUCAUCCAGGACUGCCCCUCUGAUCAGCACUCCAGUCAUCCCGGACUGCCCCUCUGAUCAGCACUCCAGUCAUCCCGGACUGCCCCUCUGAUCAGCACUCCAGUCAUCCCGGACUGCCCCUCUGAUCAGCACUCCAGUCAUCCAGGACUGCCCCUCUGAUCAGCACUCCAGUCAUCCAGGACUGCCCCUCUGAUCAGCACUCCAGUCAUCCAGGACUGCCCCUCUGAUCAGCACUCCAGUCAUCCCGGACUGCCCCUCUGAUCAGCACUCCAGUCAUCCCGGACUGCCCCUCUGAUCAGCACUCCAGUCAUCCAGGACUGCCCCGUUCCUCCUCAUCUUCACCUGCUAACCGAAAUCAAUGGAACAGACCCAAACGUGAGUUAUAGGGAAAAGUAAAGGAAUUGCAAUGUAAGUCACGGAGACAAACAAAAAAAGAAUAUUUGCGAGGGAGAUUGUCAGUUUUCAAAACACUUAAUACAGACCCCUACCUUUUUGGAUUUGUACAUCAUAAAAAUAAAAAAAAUGAAGGCAUGGAUCUCAGCAGGUGGCCCAGAUAUAUGUACAAUACUGCCAAGGCAACAGAAAAAUCACUGCUCUUUGACUAUGGAAACAGAGAGACCCGAUGGAUAUAUAACUAGUGAUAAUGAGCUUGUGCCCGAGAGGGAUCACUCCAACAUGGCCAUAGACCUGACCUCCUGCACACCUAAUGGACAGCAUUCCUCCCCCAAUCACAUGGCAAGCAUCACUCCUGAUAGAAAUUUCAAAUGGCCACGUCAACCAGUAUUGCUCAGGCAUGAUCAGGAAGUCAAUCUUGUGAAAAGAUGUGUAACUUCCCGGAGUGAGCGCACGUGGACAGGAAGUGGCUAUAGAAGAUCGGCAGCACUGAGAUGGAACAAAAGAAUGCGAAAAGCAAACUCCGUAAAGAUGGAGAUGCAGAGUGAUGAGGAAGGGGACAGAAAGCCCCUUCGCCGAGGUACUCCAAUCCAGGCACAGGAUGAUGAGAGUGGUUUGGAAGAGCCCCUGGCAGAAACCAAUGGGAUCUCAGACAGUCACAUGAAUCAGGAGCUGUCUCUUGAUGGUGGAAUCCGGCUUCCGAAUGGUAAACUGAAAUGUGACGUCUGUGGCAUGGUUUGCAUUGGCCCCAAUGUGCUAAUGGUCCAUAAGAGAAGUCACACGGGGGAACGCCCUUUUCACUGCAACCAGUGUGGAGCGUCAUUCACUCAAAAGGGGAAUCUCUUGCGUCACAUUAAAUUACAUUCUGGGGAGAAACCUUUUAAGUGUCCGUUCUGUAGCUAUGCCUGCCGAAGGAGAGAUGCACUUACCGGUCACCUCAGGACACACUCAGUAGGCAAACCUCAUAAAUGCAACUACUGCGGCCGGAGCUACAAGCAGCGAAGCUCCCUUGAAGAACAUAAAGAGCGUUGUCACAACUAUUUGCAAAAUGCAGGACUGGAGAGUAGCCAGAGCAUGGGACCUCACAGUGCAUCUCCAAUGGAUGAGUGUAAGAAUCCAGAGAUCCUGAUGGAGAACAACAUGUCUUUGAUAUCCUUUGAAAGACCAGCUGUCAUAGAGAGAAUUGCCAGCAACAUGGGGAAGCGUAAGAGCUCCACCCCACAGAAGUUUGUGGUGUUGUUGUCUGCAGGUGAGAAGCUUAUCAAAUAUGGUUAUCCAGAUUUGCACUAUGACAUAAAUCUGGCCUAUGAAAAGGAAGCAGAAUUAAUGCAGUCUCAAAUGAUGGACCAGGCCAUUAGCAACGCCAUCACCUACUUGGGAGCAGAUGCACUGAGACCCCUAAUACAUCAUUCCACUGGCGCCAUGGCCGAGGUCCCUCCUGUUAUUGGGCCAGUUUACCCUCAGGUCUACCAUCCAAGCAGGGUAGAGCGGCCAAUCAGCAGGGAAACAUCAGACAGCAAUGACAAUAACAUUGAUGGCCCACUCUCCCUCAUCAGACCAAAGAGUCACCUCCAGGAGAGAGAGGCUUCACCCAGCAACAGCUGUCUGGACACCACUGAUUCAGAAAGCAGUCACGAUGAUCGACCAUUAUACCAAGGGAAUCAUGCCUUAAACUCCAAGAGAAAGCAGAGCCCAGAGUAUUCCAAGGAAGAAGGUAAAGCUCUAGAUGCCACAAAGGCCACAUUGAGCUCUUCCAAAGAUGUCUAUCGAGUUUUCAAUGGUGAAGGAGAGCAGAUCAAAGCCUUCAAAUGUGAGCACUGUCGUGUGCUUUUCCUGGAUCAUGUCAUGUAUACUAUCCACAUGGGCUGUCAUGGAUAUCGGGACCCACUAGAAUGUAAUAUUUGUGGUCACAGGAGUCAUGACCGCUAUGAAUUCUCUUCACACAUUGUCCGGGGGGAGCACCCUUUCCAAUAGUUUGCAAGUGGAGCAGUCCCACUGUGAAGUGGACCUGCACAUGAAGAAUACUGCACUUACUCAUCAAAUUUCCUUUUGACUUUACAUAAAACCAUAAUGUUUGAUGCAUUUUUCAGUUUACAGACAUUGCAUCAGGACACAUUUGUAUCCAUUAUACUUUUAAGACAAGAACGUACCACAGUUGUUGGUAUUGCCAGAGUUUGCUGUAAAUGGUCUCUGAAGUAGAUAUGUGCUUUAGUAUCCAUCAGACUUGUCUCCAGUAAAAUUAAUCUGUAACUUAAAUGUACUAUGGCUAGUUUACAGCUUUGACUGGUGAUUUGGAGGAUGAAAAGCUACCCUUUAAGUUAUAACUCCCCUGUUUAAAUUAUUGGAAGCCUUUUCACAAUGUAGCCCUAAUUAAGCAGUUAUGCUUUUUUCACUUGGCGGUGUUUUGAGGUGAAUCAGUGAUAUAUUCAGCUCAAUGGCCUUUGACCUAUUAGCCUGUUACAUCAUUUCUAUACGCUGUGUGUAAUAGGUUAUCAGAGGAAUCCAUCUACGUAAAAUUGUUAAUUAAUUUUAGAAUAGCCUAUUGUAUUGUAGGUUUUGUUCUUGUUUAGGUUCAUUCCAUAAAUAAGCAAAAAGAACAAUGAUAAUAUGCAAAAUGAAGUUGGCAACCAAGGAGACCUCUUAUUAACAAAGUCCAAGUCCAGCCAGUGAAAGAUGGUUUAUAAUUAACCUAGACUACUGCAUUUUGUACAUUUCUUACUUCUUUAUUGAAUGAAUGCUGUUAUGUGUCAAAGCAGUGUGGUUUACACUAUAAUCAUGUAUUUGUAGAUAUAAAAUAUCUAUGAGUGUUCAUGGAAGUGGGAAAAACCUGUUUAGUGACACAGGGCAUGUUCAUUAACUUUGUAUAUAGGAAAGUUACUUGCAUAAAUGGUUGCCAGUAGGCACAGUGGACUCUUUAUUUGGCUGUGAAUGGUCACAUGCACUUUAACUUAGCUUUUGCCAUAGUAGUUAAAAUGCUGAGAACUUGGAACAAUGUCCACAGCUCUCAUAGAUGGAACCAUAGGAGGUACAGUGCCUAUUUGCGGAUAGCAUCCACAGAUUGGUAUUAGAAAUAAAGUAGCAAAGGGACACUUUAUCCAUUCUUGUUUUUUUGUUGCUGUCUGUGCAGAUUUCCCCUCCCCAUUUUUUUGUCCUAUUGACCACACACAGACGGAGAGGAAAGCUCACCAAGAGGAACAUAUACAACAGAUACAACCCAACCUAUGGUCCUAACCUUCCUCACUCUGUCCAGGGCUAGAAAAAAAAAGCUUUAUCAGGAGUUAAUAGAAAUUAACUAAUUUCUAAUUCGCUAAUAGAAAAUGUUGCCUCACAGCUGAUUGAACAAACCACAUGUUUCUUUAAAACAGAACGUUCUGGAAAUAGAUGUGUAUGCAAGUUGUCCUUUGAAAUAUACCUCAUAAUGCCUUUAAUGCAUUACAUGUACAGUGCAUAUUAAUGGUAGGGGGUCCCAGUUCUGUUGAUCAGAAGCCUGUGGUUUUCAGCUAGCAUGUGUCAGUAUGUAUCUUAUUGUUGAUUCUUGAUAAAUGAAAAACUGCUGUAUUUCUUAUGGGGGGAAAAAAAAUUGUUGGCCUUUGGAUAUAGAUCAAUAUAUGCUGGACUGCUAGGCAGAACAAACUGCCUAGAGUAAGUUAUCCCAGUGACAAAGCAGCUUAAACACGCAAAGCCCCUGUAAAUCCAACUACUCCUGUGUACCAGAAAACACCUGUGUAAUGUACUUAUCUGCUCUUUCUAGAUGGCAUUAUCAGUCAUUUAUGUAUGCUGGUAUACCCAUCAGCAGUCUUGUCCACUAUGACCAGAUGUGUUUUUACUAUUUAAAGAACAAAAAUAUCUGUGGCCUACUAUUUUUUUUUUUUUUUAUAAAUUGCUCCAGAUAUUACAUCUGCCAUGAUGUGAUAAAUGGAAGGUGCUAUAUAUACCUGAUCCCAGUGAAUAUAUGGAACUAUGACUUGGCCAUUGGUUAUGAUUGAUUUGCAUGGGUCAUUUUAGAUUACGUAAAGUGUAUGUAUAGCUUAAACUUUUUUUUUAUUUAUUUUUUAAUAGCAUAGAAAAUGGUCAAAAACUUCUGUCUGUAUCUGGCUGCAGAGCUUUCCCUUCACGUCCCAUUCUGGAGAUGCAACAGAUAAUCUCCACAAGGAAAUCUCCACAAAUAAGUGUAAUUCUUUUCUUAGACGUUUUGUUCCAUUUAGAAGAUUUAGCAUCACCUCUUGCUCUGGUGAAAACUGUACAAUGUUUAAUUUCUGCUCACCUUCUCUGACAUGGUUCCCAGGAAAAACAGAAUCUCCACAGUUAGAACACAGGUCGCAAAAAAAAAAAAACCUUGACAGAGGGACUAACUACUCUCCAAAGGAGAAUAUAUCACUUACCCAUUUAGGACAGGGUAGCAGCUUCUAUGGAUAGGAAACCCCCACCCAUGCACCGAUGCUCAUCCUUCCCUGCUCUCCCCCACUGCUGAAAUGUUUUGUCAGAGCCUUUAUAAUUGCCCAGUACUUCCAGGUAUGUGAGAGCUUGUGACUUUUCCUUUUUCCAGGAUGUAUUGCUAGGGCCUGAGGAGCCCAUCACUGGACCCACACCCUAACACAAAAAGAGCAUAGACUGCCACUGAACUUGCAUGAGGAUUAGACUCCGCAAUCUACAUUCAAACACUGUGGAAGAGGAGAACUGGGAAUCAUAUAUCAAUGAGCGUUUCGGAUCCCUAUCACAAGAACAUCUCACUUUGCCCUGAAUGACCAGUGUGACAGGUCCUCUUAAAUUUCACGUUAAGCCUCAUCCACACAGGAUUUUUAAACACGCCAGCGCUGCUGCCAUGAAAAAAGCAACGCUAAAAUUGCGCUCUAAGGCAAGUUUUUUGAAUAGCGUUUAUGCACGUUUUUGCAGUUAAAACACUCCCUAUAAUAUAAAAAUGCCAAACACGGCUAAAAGCUUGUUACACCGUUUAGACACAUUUUGGGGAUCUUUGUUAGUUUUUACAGCUUAACAGUCUCUGCUCCUGGAUGCACAGGCUGUUUUUUUUUCUACUGUCCCUAAACUCUUUUAUGCCUCCAAACGCAUGGACACAUAGGCUAACAUGGAGGGGCGUUUAGAGGCAGUAAAAAAAAAAGUCAGACACCCCUAGCAGCAGCUUUAAAAAUGUCCUGUGUGCAUGAGUCCUAACUUAGCCCUGUCGUAAAUUAAUCUGGUAUUUGUACAUUAAAUUAUUAAAAAGGAGGUCCAUAAAUUGCAGAUCAUACAGUACUUCUUUGUGGCUGACGUACAGUACAGGGGGACUGAUAAGUAAACCGAUUGGAGUGUUUGGGACCAGGAUCCUUUAGUUCUGUGGGUCAUAGGCACUGAAUUGAGGAAUGUUUAUAACCUACACUUGCAUCCCUCCAAUCCAGUCAAUCUGCACUUUCCAGACUUCUGUAUUAUGCAGAAUAAAAUUAUGAUCUCUCUUGGUUAGUUGAUAUACUGGGCCCCUGGGGGAAAGAGAAAAUAGUCAUGUAGAGAAAACGUAUAGCAAUGAGAUCAAAUCUCUACAAAUUUAUUCCCACAUAAGCACCUUUAUUCCCCUAAAGGGGUUCCCUCCAUUUUUAGUUAUUGAGAUAUGACUUGGAUCUUAUGAAAUCCUCUUGAUGUGUCUUCAAAACACAUUGGAUUCUCUUUAUAUAUGCACGUUUUUUUGUGCAGAAAAGCAUAACCAAAAUACAAAAAUCAGUUUUUGUUACAUCUACUGUGAUUUAAAGGGAAAUCACUGGGUUUACAUUCCAAUUGCUAUUAUAUUAUACAAAGAUUAUUUAGCACAGUGAAGAGGAAAUCUGUUCAGCGCCUAAAAGGUUUAGAUUGGGCGGCCAUUACUGACCUCCUGAAGAUGCUAUUUUUCUGGCUUUAUUUUCUGAGUCACUGACCUGCAAAAAUUAAGCAAGUAGGGAAAGCAGAGAUCAGUCAGAGGUUCCACUUGCAUAGUUGUCCUGGGUCAAUAAAUGGGACCAUAUGGACGCGCAGGCUUGCUAGCAUAACCGACAUUCAACUAGACUUUUCUGGGGUUUUUUCAAAGUGAAAGUGCUCUUUCUUGAUCAUACUGUGCAUAGGUUGUCAGUCAACCGUAUACCAUAUGGCUUCCAUUGUUUCCUUUUGAAAUAAUUGGCCUUUUAAAUAUGACUACCUCCAAAAUAUAUUAUGGUUAAAUAGGUAAAUUGUACCUUUGCCCAGCUGAAGAGUACUUUUCCUUCCAGCCAAAAAAGACCUGUGAAACAGGUCUGAGCUUCCCCCUGACAAAUGUAUUCAUACUGCAGUUGAGUGAAUUAUUAUUUUUUUUCUUCUAAUUGGUGAUUUCUUAAAACAGGUAGCUUAGAAAGUUAACAAGGAGCCAUGAAAGGCAAUCACACCACCGUUAUAAGGAAAGGGUUUCCUAUCAGGUUUUAAUGGAAAGACAUGUAAAAGAUUUUUAAAGCUAUUUAUUGGAUGUUCAUGGUCCCUGUACUGAAAAGGUGAAUUUUAAUUGGACAUACACCAAACGGUAUCCAUAAUCGUUACUGUGCUUAAUGUCAUUCCUAACAGGAAUGCUCAUGUUUUCUCAGAGGCAGGUCCUCUUGUGAAAUGUAUUAGUUUUAGGUCAUUCAGGCUAUACCUGCAGAUUCUAGACAUUGGCGUGUAUUAAAUUAAUUUUAAUCUGAGUAAAAAAUAUAGUACUUAUAAAUAUAUUUGUGAAAUUUGAUAACUUUUAUUUAAUACAACAAAUAGGAAUGUGCAAACUGCAGUAGCCCAUAGCAAUCACAUUUCAUUUUACUCUAAUCGGCAUAGCGGGAUAUGAAUUCUGAUUAGUUGCUAUAGGUUAGUGCCUUUUUUAAAUAAGCCAAAAUGUUUUAAAACUUGACAUUUCUGCUCCCCGAAUAUUGAAAACGUAAAUAACCCCAAAAUUCUUCAGCGUUAUUAAAAGAUAAGUGAUAACGCCUAAUUGCCAAUCCUUAUUCAUGAUCAAUGAUUUAGUUUGAUGAAGAAGUGUGAAGCUUUUAGGGUACUCUGUGUAUUUCUACUGUAGACACUGUGAGACCUAAUAAUGAAACAUAUUCUUAUUUUCUGUUUUACACAUCACUUUCAAUGGUACUUUGUAAUUUUUGUUAUUUCAUAUAGUAACUGGAACAUUCAGAUUUCAUGUAAGCUCAAACAGUAAAGAUACAUGUUGUGGUACUAGUCAGCGGACAGAUGAGAAGUUUCUCUUGUGUGUCUGUUACUUUUCUAAAAUGUUUUUUCCCCAACGUUUCUGCACUUUUUGUUUUUUGCAUUUUUAAGUCAGCGGUUUUCUGAUCCCUUUCAUUACUUGAACUGUGUUGGCUGUGGGGAAUGCACUUCGUCUGGACUUGAGUCACUAAACCCCAAAUUUACCUCCAGCGACACUCCAGUGUUUCAGAAGAGGAUACUCCAUCUUGUCCCUUUUGCUAUGCACUUAACUGGUGUCCAACAGCACUGGCAUAAACCUCUGCACAAUGUAACAAAGCAAAGGACUUUGUAUAUCUUUUCUAAUGCUGUGAUCAAUGGUACAACUCCAAGUCAUCUUGCUGUGAUGCCAUUGUUAUAGCCACAAUUUCAAGUAACAUUUCCAAAUAUGUUGUGUAUUAUUUAUAUAUGCACACACUUCAGUUGCCUUUAUUUUUUGUACAUGACUUCUUACAGCUUUUACUUAUGUUUCUUUAUCUUGUGUGGUCUUCAUGACCAACUGAUUCAUUGCUAAAGACCAUUUAAAGUUGAACUGGCAAGUGGUUUCUUGAAAUACAUAUAUUUUAACUAUUUACUUGAUAAAGAAUAUCUGAUAUUGCUCAUCCAUACUUGUGAUAUAUGCACCUUGUCUAGUCAAUAAUAUCUUCAUGAUUUUAGUGUUGCUAAGUCGGCUCCCUUAUCAAGGGACAUAGGUGAUGAUAAUUUUAAUUUCCACUGAAGAGGCUCAAGCUGUAAAGGUGAAAUAGGAACCUAAGUUGUCAGACUAGAAGCUGUAUUGUUCAUUUAGAAGCUGUGUGUCACCCAUAUGGUUCUGCAUUGUGGAAAAUGUGUGUAAAAACUGGCUAUGCAGAAUUGGUUUGCCUGGAGUGUCACUUUAAAGAGUCUCUGCUACUCUACCCAUUCUCUAAUUUCUCUUAAAGGCCAAGCCCGGAUCUACUUAUAUUCAUCUUCACCACCAUCCCACAUUGCUUCAUCUGUGUCAUGAAAAACACCUGGUGGGUAUGGGGGAUGCAGUCUUUUGGCAUGAGCGGACAUUCUCUAGGUUUAAACCCUAUCAAGGGAAGGAGCGUGGGACAUAGUCAACCCUGUGUAAGCUCUUACAUCAUCCAAAAGGGAGCUAACCUAGGGUUUGACUCCUGACUCAGAUGUUGGACAGCGUGGUAGAGGAGAAGGUGACUAUACUUGGGUUGAGGGGGGCUUUUAAUAGACUGACACUCUAUAUUGGAAAAAAGAUGAAGUCUCUUUAACUGUAUUUUCAUCCAGGAUUUGUGCAUUUAUUGUCAAAGCAUUUGGUAAAAGCUGUGGAAGAAAAUGUAUAAUUUAAUAAGGUAAGAUGUUAUGUUUAUGUCUGUUCAGUGCUGAACAAAUAAAGAUUUUACUACCCAGUUCUAAUGCAGUGUUAAUGUGACAGUACACCCUUUUGGUACACAUGCAUUACAGACAGCCAUUUUGAAAAAAAGGCUUGCCACUUUGUUUACUAGAACCGGUUAUCUGCACCUAAACAAAUGGGCUUAUAUCUUCAAAGUACUGAUAAGUUCAAGUCACACAAUUGCUGCCUCAGCAAAGUUAUCACUUCAGGAAAAUUGAACGCUUUAAAGUUCAUCCCACAAAAUGGCUGGUGUUGCUGUGCAAACAGGAGCAUUUUGGAUCCUGCACUGCUCAAAUGGGUUCAAUGUGGCAUAAAAUAGCAAAUAGGAGGUCUUUCCCGGUAGCCCCCCAUGAUAGCGAAGGGUUUGAUGGAGAUAUCAGAACAGGUUGCUUGAAGAUGGUCUACAAAUGAUCAUACUAGCCUUCUGCUUAAGCACCUGAUUGGUCAUUACUUGUACAGGCUGUUUACAUAUUUUUGUAAUGAAAUGUAGUUUUGUAUUUAACUAAGAAAAGGACUGGAAAAUGAAAACAAAUUGUGUAGAUGAUCGGACAAGUUGGAAUUAUUAUGGUACAUAAUCUUUGUAAUGCAUUAACUAGAUAAUCCGGUAAUGAUUUCAUUGUAUUAACUGUAUAAUUGCCUUCAUGUUUUCUUUGGUUUGCAAUUCUGGUUGUACAUUUUUUUGUUUGUUUGUUUUAAAAUGUAUAUCUUUGUAUGGAAAAAAACUGGAAGCUUUUAAUUCAUAUAUUUAGGAAAAACAUUUUAAAACUGUAAAGUUGUAAAAGUUCUUAAACGGUAAUUUUUUGUGGGAAUAAUAUGCUUUAAAUAUUAAUAUGUACUUAAGUAUAUGGUCACAUUCCAGCAGUUGAUUUGGGGAAUUUUUGGGCCUGUGUUUUUUAUUUUUUUAUUUUUAUUGUUAUAUAACUGCCACUUAAAAUGGGAACACUAUAAUAAAAUCAGUUUAAAAUAAA